UGACUUCUGAUCAGGACACUAAGGUCGUGGCUGAACCGCAGGGCCAGCGAGUCCAGGAAGGGAAAGACAGCGCUCAUCUGAUGAAUGGUCCCAUAUCUCAAACCACUUCUCAGACCAGCUCCAUCCCAGCUUUGAGUCAGUUUCCAGGAAGUAGCCCCUGAGAGACCUGGUGAUCCUGGACCAGAACACUCCCCGGGUCCAGCGAUGGUCGAGAGGCAGCGAUGGGCUGGCUGCAGCCUGAAACGUGGGAGCAUGCAGCUUGCAGAUAAAGAAUUGUCUUUGCAGAUUGAGAGUUGUUCAUCUUCUCGGGAUAAGGAUAAAAUGAGCAUUUUUGCAGAUGAGGGUUGUGGACAGAGGGCUUUUGAACGGAGAUCUUCACAUCCGGUAGACCCGCGUGUGGAUCCCGAGCCUGGCAAGGCCGAAGCACGUAUCUGUGAUUUAACUGGUGCACCGCCCGACACAAACACGGAGCGAGUAUUCCAAAGAAUGGGUGCCCCGGCCCUCAGAAGCUCACGGGAAGUGCCCCCGGAUGGGAAGGCUCUUGAUGGCUCCAGAUGUCUUAAGAGUAACUCCGUCUCCUCCGCGUUUGUUUUUGCCUGCACUGAAGAAGAAAGUGAAACUGGCCGGAAUUUUAAAACAGAAGAUGAAAUGUGUGUGAAGAGUGCAGAGAGUGACCAGCAAAGAUUAGCAGGUGCCGUCAGAGAGUCCCUGAAAGCCAGUCUCAGAGAGACCAGUGAGAACGUCGGAGGAAAGGCAAAGUCAGACUGGAAAGCCACCUUUAACUGGGACACCAGUACAGCAGCACGCAGGGCAGCACCCAGUCAGGACACACGGGCUCAUAGUAGGUCCGACAGAACAGAGCGCCCCGGUGCUAGAACCAGCCACGGAGAAGCAAGUGAUGAAGCCUGCGGAGUGAAGGACCACAGACAUGAAGUUCUUGAUCCUGUGCCACCACUACACCAGAGUUCAAGUUCAGGUGAGCAGAGGUCACAAGUACUUGAAGAGAAGGACUCUGCUAACAGCGGUGAAAAUGCGGGACCAGGACCGGAGCAGCGUUUCUCAGAGUUGGUGGAGGAAGGUUCUGACACCUCGGGUGGCAGCACGUCGGGGACAAGCAGGCCAGCACUAGCAGGUAAGGGAGGGGAGACGGGCAGCCUUGACAGGCGCGGGACAAGCAUGCGCGCACCUUGUCUGCAGCUAAGAGGUGCCGAGCCCACGUUUGAUGGCCCUGCAUUUAGCAGCGGAGUGGCUUUUGUGGGAAGCCCUCAGGUGACUUUUGGAGAAAUGGAGUUAGGUGAGACUCUUGAGGGAUAUUCCUGUGUGACCGGUGUUGAUCCUGCCCACGUGGACAGAUCCACAGACCCUCCUCACCAGGCGCUACAGGUCAUUCCCGCCAUCCCAGGUGGCGGUGCAGAAAUGGUGGCACCACACUGUGGGGACCACGUUCUGUCACUCACAGAAGACGCCGUGACGAUACCUGGAAGUCUCGCAAGAGGAGGGUUGCAGGGCUUCCCAGAGGGAUGGUACUCCCAGUUUUCGAGUGAACUCACCUGUUACCCAGUGGGAGGGUUUGCGAGUCAGACAUUUUCCGGAGGACUGGCUGACGGCUGCACCAGCUAUCCAGAGGCCUGUCCGUGGGCUCGUGCAGUUGGGAAAGACGCUUUAGAAGAGGAACAGAUGCCUGAUGAGUGUCUGCACAGGAAGCCGCCAGACUUAGAGGUCGCUUUGUUCUGGAUGGAGAAGCCAUAUCAGCUACCAGUGGCAGAAGACGCUGCAAUUUGGGGAUGGCAGAAUAGAGGCGGACAUUUAGUACCGACAGCCAAGGUUUCAGAGCUAAACCCUAAUGCUAAAGUGUGGGGGACCCCCGUGCUGCGUUUGGAAGCGGGCAGUGCGGCGGAUGGCGGUGUGAGUGCAAACUGGGAGGAGCCGGCUGGGCCUUGCACAGCCUGCGGCCAGGAGGGAUUGGAUGCCAAUGGUGAUGGUGACAAAGGUCAUGAGAGUGUGGCGCUGUCGGAUUUGCAGGAGCCGGACCGACCAGCUGUGAGCACGUCGGCUCUGGACCGCUCAGAGUAUGAAUCUCCGCCGGAAAACAGCGAGACUGGAGGAAAUGAGUCUCAACCAGAAACCCAGGAGGACCCCCGAGAAGUACUCAAAAAGACAUUGGAGUUCUGCUUGUCUAGGGAGAACCUUGCUAGUGACAUGUACCUUAUAUCGCAGAUGGACAGUGAUCAGUACGUGCCAAUCACCACGGUAGCUAACCUGGACCACGUCAAGAAGCUCAGUACUGACAUGAACUUGAUUGUUGAAGUGCUGAGGUCUUUACCUUUAGUCCAAGUGGACGAGAAGGGAGAAAAAGUAAGGCCAAAUCAGAACCGCUGCAUCGUGAUACUGCGUGAAAUCUCCGAGUCCACCCCUGUGGAAGAAGUAGAAGCACUGUUCAAAGGAGACAAUUUACCGAAAUUCAUAAACUGUGAAUUUGCCUAUAAUGAUAAUUGGUUUAUUACAUUUGAAACAGAAGCUGAUGCACAGCAGGCUUACAAAUAUCUUCGAGAAGAAGUCAAGACUUUUCAAGGAAAACCAAUUAAGGCACGGAUAAAAGCAAAGGCAAUAGCUAUAAACACAUUUUUGCCAAAGAAUGGAUUUAGACCUCUGGACAUGAGCCUUUACGCGCAGCAGCGCUACACAGCCUCCUUUUACUUACCUCCGGUCUACAGCCCUCAGCAGCAGUUCCCCCUGUACAGCCUGAUUGCUCCCCAGACGUGGUCGGCCACACACAGCUAUCUUGAUCCGCCGCUGGUAACUCCAUUUCCAAAUACUGGAUUUAUAAAUGGGUUUACGUCUCCAACCUUCAAACCUGCAGCGUCUCCUCUGACUUCGCUCAGACAGUACCCUCCAAGAAGCAGGAAUCCUAGCAAAUCUCAUCUACGCCAUGCCAUUCCCAGUGCAGAGAGAGGACCUGGACUGUUAGAAAGCCCUUCGAUAUUUAACUUCACUGCAGACCGUCUAAUUAAUGGCGUUCGGAGCCCACAGGCACGGCAGACAGGUCCUCCUAGAACACGGAUACAGAACCCUCCCGCCUACGCCAAGAGGGAGGUUGGGUCUGGUCGCGUGGAGCAGAGCAGCGCGGAAUCUCCCCCUGGUUUAGGGAGAGGGAGGAAGAAUUCCUUUGGUUACCGGAAGAAACGGGAGGAGAAGCUGACAAGGAGUCAAACUCAGUCUCCAACGCCACCAAAGCCCCCGUCCCCGAGCUUUGAAUUAGGACUGUCCAACUUCCCUCCGCUGCCAGGAGCGGCAGGCCACCUGAAGACCGAGGACCUGUUUGAAAACAGGCUGUCUAGCUUCUUAAUUGGAUCAUCAAAAGAAAGGGGCCUGAAUGCGGACGCAAGCACGAACACGCUCCCCGCAGUGAGCCCCAGAGAGCCCUUAGCGCCAGCUGCCUGCACCCUGUCUGCAGCCUAUGGGCGCUCCCCCUCCCCCUCCCCCUCCCACCUGCCUGAGGAUCCCAAGGUGGUGGAGAAGCAGAGGGAGACCUCGAAUGUGGACAGACUUCCUUCUGCCCUCACUACAACAGCGAGUAAAUCGGUGCAAGUGAAUGGCGCUGCCACGGAAUUGCGAAAACCCAGCUAUGCGGAAAUUUGUCAGAGGACGAGUAGAGAGCCUCCGUCUUCCCCGUUGCAGCCCCCGAAAGAACAAAAGCCAAAUGCUGUUGGUUGUGGGAAGGAAGAAAAGAAGCUCGCCGAGAGAGAGCCCUGUGCCCCCAAGUCCAACCCGGGACCACCCAAAGACCAGAGGAGGCCGCCAGGCCGCCGGCCCUCGCCCCCAGCGGCCGGGAAGCGUCCACACAGAGAACAGAGCACCCCUCCCAAGUCCCCUCAGUGAGCGCCGAGGUCUGGGAGGGCUGUGAGGAACUGAGGUCGCCACAACUCAGCACUGUCCCACUCGGGGCCGAGAGUGAGCCGCUGGUUAGGAGCUUGCAGCGUAGACGGGCCGCUGAGGUGCCUGCAAGUGGUGUUUCUUCCGUGAGUCGGAUUUUCCCCCCUCUUGAAAAAAAAUCUAUUUUUCAGGAUUUAAUUAAUAUAAACCUUAUUUUAGGUUGGUGCUUAACUGGAGGUGAUGCAUAAGUCUGAUUUUUUUCAGGAUAGUAAAUGCAUUUAUCCUAACAAAUUGAUAUUUUUAUUAAGCCUCCAUGUGGCUAUGAAUGCAAGCUCUAUAUAUAGUGAGUUUUUCUAAAUUAAGCGGAACUAUGCUACUUCAUUUUUUAAAAUAACUGGUUAGCAAGUGCAUAUCUCUGAGAUGUCCAGACCGACGGGUGGGCUGCAGACGGCUGGGAUCGAGGUUUGGAGGCAACACAGUCAGUGUGGCCUGGAGAAGGGGUGGGGUCAGGUGGUGCCCUCGCUGGCAUGGGAGUUGUACUUCAUUCAGAAUCUUAGCAAGUGACGCUAGCAGUUGUUUGGGUUUUUUUUUUUGUUUGUUUGUUUUGGCUUUUUUUUUUUUUUUUUUUAAGUAUAGCCUGUUUUUGACCUACUGGGCAAGAUGCACCCAAGAGAGCCCUGAAACCGUGAGUUUUUAUGUGCUGCAAGCAAGUAACCAGCCUCUCAAUCCAGACUCCGUGGCUGUUGUGUAAGAUAGAGUCAAAGCACAUUGUGAAUAGAACCUACAUGAAAACGUAAACCUGGUUGCCCACCGACGCGUCACCGCGAAAUUGUACCCUGAUGUUGUCUUGCUCCCGCGAGCCGGCCCGGAGGGCUCGGGAGCCACCGUGGCUCUUGCCGUGGCUCCCGCGGCUCCCCCGCAUUAGCUCCGUGGGAGCCUCCCCGUGCCUCCGUGUCGGCACACAGUGGAAGUGUUACUUAAGUCGUGAGAGAGGUGUGUGCGGUGCCCGUGGCGGUGAGGCCAACAGUUCCCUCCGAGACGAGGGUCUCACUGACUCCCUUCCGGAAGUGCUGCACUCUGAAGAACACGCAUGCACUAGCGCUAGCAGUGGAUAAUAAAGUUCAAUAUAAAUUAUUUUGUUUUAAAAUGCCUAAAUUCUUUCUUUAAGUAUUCUAAGCAGCAGACAUUAAAAUAUUUCCUGCUAAAUGUAACCAUACAGUUUAUUCCACAAAAUGUUAUUUAACAAGACUGAGGUGUUUGUUUUUUUAAAAUUAUUUCCAUCCAAUAUUUAAAGACUUGAAUUUUAUUUAAACUUGAAAAUGACUUUGCCUUAACUUUUGUAGAAGACAGCUUAGAGUUGGCGGAGACCGGCCCCUGGGUGGGCGCGAGUGGGCUCCAGAGCCGCUCUGUCACGUGGGGCCGCCGCCGCCGGGGUUUCUGAGUGAGCGCUCCGUAGUGUGGGAGCUGGGCUGGCAGCGGUGUCUGUGAUGUACCCUGAAGAUCUGCAACAGUUGACCUUUCUCAGAUUGUUGAGAAAUCCUGUAAAUGCAAAUAGUCGAUACUGUAUUAAAUAUGUGCACUUGGGAGUGUGUGCUUUGCUUGUACAGUUGUAAAUAAUCAGAACAUAUUAAAAAGGUACCCUAAAGAGAAAAAUCUGAUAAAAAUUAUUGAUAUAUUAUAAAUGUUGCUAUUGAGCUGGAUGUAGAUAAAACUAAAUGUUGUGGUUUGAAUAUUAUUUUAAUUUGUUGAGGUGUUUUUCUUUUCCUCUUAUGCUGGUGUGUUGGACUGAUUCUCCUCUUUGCUGCUGCAGAAGGGAAACGGAAAGUCCUGUUAAAGCCUUCCGAUGUCUUCAUGCUCUUCUUAAAAGUCUGUAAAUAUGUACUAAUCAUAGCUAAUGUGAAAGCAUAAUGUAGGAAGCAGAAACUGGCAGGAUCUUCAGGAGAACGUAAAAGAUAAUCUACUUAAAAUCAUAAAUAGCUACGCGCGAUUCGCCCUGCCAGAGGAAAACACGCCCUGGUGAGCUUGACCGUGUCCUUCAGAGAAGCUGCCAGUACUCAGAUUUUACUUAGAAAAAACAGUGCUAGUAUGUUGCAGAUGCCUGUAAAAGGAACAUGGGGAUUCGUUUUUUUGUAGUUGAGGGAUUGUGGACUUAAAAAAUCAGGAAGAAUUGACCUCUGACACCCCAGCUAAUGAGUACUGUGAGAAGAGUUGGAAAGGCGAGCCACAGGAGGUCCGCACUGAGCGGUCUUUGCUGGAGGAGGGAGCGGAUGCCGUCAGCCUUCAUCAUCCCCGAGCCGCAGACCUGUGGAGCUGAGACACUGGUUUUCAGGAGUGCCGUGUCCUUCCCCCGGCCGGGGGGUGUGUGUGCUAGAGCCAGCUGUAGCCAUCUACUGCACACGGGACGGAGGUGGUCACUCGUGACAGCAACGGGGCACGGCUAGCCAGUGUGGCGGCCGUCCCCCCGCACCCACGCCUGCACCGUACUGCAGCUCUUGUCCUCGUGGCCAGAGUCUGUCGCAUCCAGAUUUGCAACCUCGCUCUGGUGUUAUUUUUAUAGCACUCUUUUUAAUUAAGCAAAGAUGAUAUGCCAAAUAGCUAUAUUAUGUCCAAAAAAGCCCAUCUUUCUGAGAUCCUUGUGAGAUCUUACACUCACAGAAAAGGAGGGGAGCCCACACAAGGGGAGGCUGGGACGCAGCACGGGGGGCGGCCGCUCUGGCGCAAGCAGCCAGCAGUCUGAGGCUUUUGUCCAUUUCUAGAAACGUCACUCUUUCCUCGGCAGUACCUCAGGGUGUAGAGUCAGAUACGGCAAUCACAAAUGACGUUUUAACUUGUAAAAUUGUGUGAGGAUACUUCUAAUUUGGAAAUAGAGGGAUGAGAAUCUGGCCCCAUUUCACCAGACAUGAAUUUCAAGUAGAGUAGUUGCUUUUUAAGAGUUGGUGUCCUGAUGUUCCUGGUCUGGCCCUCCUGUCCCCGCAUCACUGAUUGUCACUAGCGGGUGGCAGGAAAUGUUUCCUGUUGCUGGAUUAGCCAGGAGCACAAGGUUUACAUUUAAACACCGGCUCCGUUUGUUCCGAGGGCAGCGGGCGAGGAAGGUGCGCGUCUGUGCCUGCCGCCUGCGAGCUGCAGUCGUGCUCUCGUGCACUUGGUGGCCUGUCACCCGGAGCGCAGCAGACAAUCCAAGUCAGGAGCAGAGCGGGAUGUAAUACGGAAGCUUUCUUGAGGGCUUUUGUUUUUGUUCUACUUUUCAUUAAGACUGGAAUCAAGCUUACAUGUAAACUAUUGGUAAUUUAAGUUUCCUUUUGUGUCAUUCAGUGUAAAACUGUCUAAUUUGAAAAAUGUAGGUUAUGAAAAAUAAAGAUUUAGGCACUGUUCAA